AUGACCUCGACGCAAGGAGACGGUGCUCCCACAGCGACAGAUCAACACUCAUCGCAGACGGGAACGGCUCAAAACCAGGAACAGGAAAGCGGCGAGAAUGUGACGGUGACGAUUCAGAAAAUCCAGGAGCUUUUAAGGACCAAGAAUGACACUUCAAGGUUCGUCGGCCUUGCACUGCUCAAGUCUGUCCUCGACAACUCACAACAACUCCGAGAAGAUGAGCCUACCAUCACGACCUUAUGGCAGAGCGUGUCUCCCAAGUUCCUGGACCGUCUACUACGGAGCGGCGCAAACAAGUCUUCGCCAAGUAAAGACGCGAAGGACAUGGUCGAUAUUGCUGUUGCUGUUCUUCACACAUUUUCGACCCUUCUCCCAACAAAUUUGAAGAAAGAGCCGAGCCUCGUCGACCGGAUACCGCUUCUUGUCUCGGUGAUACUGUACAGUUCAGACAUCACAACCCAGCUAGUACUUCAGACUCUCCUAACCCUUGUCAGCACUCCGGAAGGCGCCAAGAUCUUCCUGAGCGUUGACGAUAUAAGCUGUCUUGUGGAGAUUGCGCCAGCGCGACCUCUCGCCCUCGAUGUUUUCCUGCACGCCUUUGUGCAGUCAUCUGUGUCGAGCGAUGACAGAGCAUAUUUGCAGUCCAAGAUAAACCAGACCGUGCUGGCGCUGGCCGUCUCGUUCAAGGGCACUGAUGCCGUCACGCUCUUGAACUUUGUCGACGAACUCUUGCGUAGAUUGGAACCUGAGACGGUACCAAAAAACUCAGCAUGGUUACAACCCGUCACAAAUUUCAUCCGCAAUUUAGUGACAAGCAAGCCUACUCCAGCAGGUCGGGCGGCAUACACAAACCUCACAGCCUCCUUAUUACAAGCCUUUCCAGCUGAAGCCUCGAACAUAUUGUUCUCCGACAAAACCAGAUCAGACAAGCCAUUCUCCUAUUUACUAAUCAAUCUUGUCUUGAUUGAUCUGCGCUCCUCGUUCCCGGCUCUCCUCGGACAACUGAAUAGUCCUGAGUAUGAAAUCAUCUCCAAGCGGCUCGCUUCAGCCUUCGAUAUCGUCUCAGCUUUCAUCGGGUUUCUAGUCAGAUUCCUCGAAGAUGAAGAUCUCGAGGGCCCGACAUUACCACUCAUGAUGGCCCCUGAUCUACUCUUAAAAUUGCGCAAAUUUAUUUCAGAGACCAUGUCCCUUGCCAUCGAGUACCUUCGCGAGCGGUGGGACGCCUCUGUCGUAGGCGCUAUGGGGCUACAUCCAGAGGCUCGGAUUGGAAAGGCCAAAACAUCCACAGGAUCUCAUUUUACGCUCGCAUGGGAUUCGAAGACAGAGAGCGCCCACCAAGACCCCUUGGUCUUGGCCGCAGUAAGGGCUCUAGCCAUCUGGCUGCGCGAGGAUGAUAACGAUAUGUUGCGCAGUGAAGCAGCGGGACUUGGAGAUAUGUUCAUGGACCUCUACAAAACAGGUGCCUCUGACAGGCUUGACUUUAGGAGACCCGUGCUUGUGGCUUUGGAAGGGAUUAUGACCGUUGACGAGGGUGCGAAUUCGCUCCUCGAAAAUGAGGGAUGGGAAGUACUGACGAAAGACAUGCUCUCUAUUUUACAGACGAGCUCGUCUGUAGAAGACGAAAAUGAGGCUUCCAGGGGUAUCGAGAUCGUACGUGUGCUUCUGCCAGUCGUUGAAAGGGAAGAGCCCGGCAGUAGGGAGACGUGGAUGGGCGUUGUCACGGCGGUGGCCGCUUGGAAUGUGCCGGACACUGAGCAGAGUCCGACUAUGCUCGACUUCCAGGUAGCUGUUCUCCAGCUGGUCACAGCUCUGUUGUCGAAUACACACCUUGGGAUGCAGAGGCGGUAUGUCCAUUCGAUCAGCGCUGUGUUGGGCAUUGUUGGCCAGAUGAAGAGCAAAGCAAGAGGGUACGCGGCAGUGCUCGAGUCGCUCGAGGAUGUUGAGAGGACUUUGGGUUCUCUACGGUAG